AUGGAACAAAGAAGGGCGAUACGGUGUUUGCUCGGCUUCGUGGCUGCGGUGCUUUUGUGCAGCGUGACUUCAGCACAAUUAAGAUACUCCAUCCCCGAGGAGGUGAAUGAAGGAACUGUGGUCGGGAAUGCUGCAAAAGACCUUGGAUUGGAUAGAAAUACACUGAAAGAGCGCAGGUAUCGGAUUGUUUCCAGCACUGCUGAGCCUCUUUUCUAUGUGAGUCAGACCGAUGGCAUCCUUUAUGUCAGCAGGAAGAUCGACAGAGAAAAGGAGUGUCCACAAAGCAGUACGUGUGUGAUGAAUCUGAAAACUGUGUUGGAAAACCCACUGGAGGUGCAUUAUGUUGGAGUGGAAGUAGUGGAUAUAAAUGAUCAUUCUCCUCAUUUCUCAGAGGACGGAACAAUAUUAAAUAUUUCAGAAUCAGUGUUGCCUGGAGCAAGAUUUCAGCUUAAGGCUUCUCAGGAUGGAGAUAGUGGUCAGUUUUCUGUGCAGCAUUAUAAACUUAGUGACAAUGAUUAUUUUCGUUUAGAAGUUAAAGAUAAAGGAAAAGAUGGCAAAAUUCCCAUAUUGGUUGUUAAAAAGUCUUUAGACAGGGAGACAACAGAACAUAUUUCACUAGUUUUAACAGCUUUUGAUGGAGGCAAACCUCCCAAAACAGGAGAAAUUAAUAUUUUAAUAAAAGUGUUAGACGUUAAUGAUAAUGUACCUGUUUUCUCUAAAGAUGUUUACUCAGUGAUGCUUGAUGAAAAUGCUCCAAUAGGAACAACUGUCAUACAAGUGAAUGCAACUGAUUUAGAUGAAGGAUCAAGUGGAGAUGUAGUUUAUUCCUUUAGCAAAAGUAUGAAUGAAGAUUUGGGCCAAUUAUUUGAUAUCAAAGAAACAACCGGCGAAAUUGUUGUGAAGGGUCCUUUAGACUUUGAGGAAAAUGACAUGUUUGAAAUUGAAAUUCAAGCAUCAGAUAAUGGUUUUGCUCCACUAACAACAGAAAAAAGUGUCAUUAUUAAGAUAGUUGACAUUAAUGACAACACACCUGAGAUUGAAGUGACGUCAUUUUCUAGUUCCAUUCCGGAAGAUUCCAAACCUGGAACUACAGUUGCUUUAAUCAGUGUGAAUGACUUGGACUCUGGUCUCAAUGGCAAAGUGAUUUGUUCCAUAAGUGAGGAUGUUCCUUUUGUUUUGUCACCAUCAAUACAAGACAAAAUGUAUUCUUUAGUGACCAAAUCACCUCUGGACAGAGAGAAAAUGCCUAAAUAUGAUAUUUCAGUAGUUGCAAGAGAUGCUGGUCAACCUGCACUCUCAUCUGAAAAGACAAUAAGUGUUUUUAUUUCAGAUGUGAAUGAUAACAGUCCAGAGUUUUCAUUCAGUCCUUAUACUUUCUAUGUUACUGAGGGCAACCAUGCAGGAGCCUCUGUCUUUUCUGUCAAAGCUUCUGAUCGUGAUGACAACGAGAAUGCUGCUAUUUCAUAUCAUAUUGUCAGAGAUGGAAGAGAAGGAAGUAAACUGUCUUCAUUUCUAAGUAUAAACACAGAAAAUGGACAAAUAUCAGCUCUAAAAAGUUUUGACUUUGAGACGUUGAAAAGUUUCCAGUUCCAAGUCGUGGCCACAGACGGUGGAAGUCCUCCACUGAGCAGCAACGUGACAGUGAAGGUGUUCAUUCUGGACCAGAACGACAACGCUCCAGUCAUCCUGUAUCCAGUCAGCUCCAACGGUUCUGCUGAAGGUGUGGAGGAGAUUCCCCGCAAUAUGAAAGCAGGAGACUUGGUGACUAAAGUCCGAGCCUAUGAUGCUGAUAUAGGAUAUAACGGCUGGUUACUGUUUUCACUGCAGCAAGUCACUGACCACAGUCUCUUUACUUUGGACCGCUAUACGGGCCAGAUCAGAACACUUCGCUCAUUGACAGAGACGGACGAGGCUGAGCAUGGACUGCUCAUACUGGUCAAAGACAAUGGCAACGUUUCCCUGUCAGCAACAGCUACUGUGACUGUCAAACUUGUGGAGCCCAAAGAGGCUUUUGCAGCUUCUGAUGUCAAACGUGCAGCAGCAAAAGUGGACGAGGAGGACGACAAUGUGACUUUUUAUCUCAUCCUCACUUUGGGCUCGGUCUCGCUGCUUUUUGUCAUCAGCAUCAUCGUGCUGAUCGCCAUGCAGUGCUCCAAAUCCACAGAGUACACUUCCAAAUAUCUCCAAGACGCUAAUUAUGAUGGGACACUGUGUCACAGCAUCCAGUACAGAUCAGGAGACAAACGCUACAUGCUAGUUGGACCCAGAAUGAGUAUAGGUUCUACUAUAGUCCCGGGCAGCCACGCCAACACUCUGGUGCUCCCUGACAGGAGACACACUUCUUCUGGGGAGGUAAGACACACAUUUUGUUUAACGUCUUAA